CAUUCAAAAAUUACUCAUUGCAAAUUCCCGGACUGCUUGCAGAGGAGAAGGAAAGGGGCGGAGUAGGGAGGGCUACCGCAGGCGCAGCGCUGGGAGCACCCGGGGCCCGCCUGGCUGACGGCUGGUCCCGCAGAAGCUGCUUGCCAGCGUCUGGCUCCGGUGGCCUCACCAGGAAGCGUCAGAGUCUCGACACUAGGGAAGCUCGGAGCGCCGCCUCCGCCGCCGCCGCCACUCGCCUGGCUAGCGAUCGCGGAGCCCCCUCCCCUGGUCCGGCCCGCGCCGGACGACCGGCCCGGGAGCCUUCCCUGGCAAUGGCUGGCCGCUAAGCCCUGGCUCAGUACGGCAACCCCAGCCCGCUCGGCAUGGCUGCGAGAGAGGAGCUGUACAGCAAAGUCACCCCCCGGAGGAACCGCCAGCAGCGCCCCGGCACCAUCAAGCAUGGAUCGGCGCUGGACGUGCUCCUCUCCAUGGGGUUCCCCAGAGCCCGCGCACAAAAAGCCUUGGCAUCCACGGGAGGAAGAAGUGUUCAAGCAGCAUGUGACUGGUUGGUUGUUCUCCCAUGUCGGUGACCCCUUCCUGGAUGACCCCCUGCCCCGGGAGUACGUCCUCUACCUCCGCCCCACCGGUCCCUUAGCGCAGAAGCUUUCUGACUUCUGGCAGCAGUCGAAGCAGAUCUGUGGGAAGAACAAGGCACACAACAUCUUUCCCCACAUUACCCUCUGCCAGUUCUUUAUGUGUGAGGACAGCAAGGUAGACGCCCUGGGGGAAGCCCUGCAGACCACCGUCAGCCGCUGGAAGUGCAAGUUCUCAGCUCCCUUACCCCUGGAGCUCUAUACCUCCUCCAACUUCAUUGGCCUCUUUGUGAAGGAAGACAGUGCAGAGGUCCUCAAAAAGUUUGCCGCCGACUUUGCUGCAGAGGCUGCUUCCAAAACCGAAGUACACGUGGAACCUCAUAAGAAGCAGCUACACGUGACCCUGGCUUACCACUUCCAGGCGAGCCACCUACCCACUCUGGAGAAAUUAGCCCAGAACAUUGAUGUCAAGCUAGGUUGCGACUGGGUAGCUACCAUAUUCUCUCGGGAUAUACGAUUUGCUAACCAUGAGACAUUACAGGUGAUCUACCCCUACACCCCACAGAAUGAUGAUGAGCUGGAACUGGUGCCUGGAGACUUCAUCUUCAUGUCUCCCAUGGAGCAGACCAGCACCAGCGAGGGCUGGAUCUACGGCACGUCCCUAACCACUGGCUGCUCUGGCCUCCUGCCGGAGAACUACAUCACGAAGGCUGACGAAUGCAGCACCUGGAUAUUUCACGGUUCUUAUUCAAUCUUAAAUACAUCAUCGUCAAACUCACUCACAUUUGGUGAUGGAGUGUUAGAGAGACGGCAGUAUGAAGACCAGGGACUCGGGGAGACGACGCCUCUCACCAUCAUCUGUCAGCCCAUGCAGCCCCUGCGGGUCAACAGCCAGCCUGGGCCCCAAAAGCGAUGCCUCUUUGUGUGUCGGCAUGGGGAGAGGAUGGAUGUUGUGUUUGGAAAGUACUGGUUAUCCCAGUGCUUUGAUGCCAAAGGCCGCUACAUACGCACCAACCUGAACAUGCCUCAUAGCUUACCUCAGCGGAGUGGUGGUUUCCGGGAUUAUGAGAAAGAUGCUCCAAUCACUGUGUUUGGAUGCAUGCAGGCAAGAUUAGUAGGUGAAGCCUUAUUAGAAAGUAACACCAUUAUUGACCAUGUCUAUUGCUCCCCAUCCCUACGCUGCGUUCAGACUGCACACAAUAUCUUGAAAGGUUUACAACAAGAGAAUCACUUGAAGAUCCGCGUCGAGCCUGGCUUAUUUGAGUGGACAAAAUGGGUUGCUGGGAGCACAUUACCUGCGUGGAUACCUCCUUCAGAGUUAGCUGCAGCCAACCUGAGUGUUGAUACAACCUACAGACCUCACAUUCCAGUCAGCAAACUAGUGGUUUCAGAAUCCUAUGACACUUAUAUCAAUAGAAGUUUCCAAGUAACAAAAGAAAUUAUAAGUGAAUGUAAAAGUAAAGGAAAUAACAUUCUGAUUGUGGCCCAUGCAUCUUCCCUUGAAGCAUGUACCUGUCAGCUGCAGGGCUUGUCACCUCAGAAUUCCAAGGACUUCGUACAAAUGGUCAGAAAGAUCCCAUACCUAGGCUUUUGCUCCUGUGAAGAACUAGGAGAAACUGGAAUAUGGCAGCUAACAGAUCCCCCCAUCCUUCCCCUGACUCAUGGACCAACAGGGGGCUUCAACUGGAGAGAGACCUUGCUGCAAGAGUAAGCCACAAAGGGAUUGAAGAAAAGGCCUUUUGGAGAAGUCUUUGGGGUGUUUAGUAAACAGUGGAAAACUCCAUACCACAUUCUAAAUGGACAGCUCAGAAUAAUCUAGCAUAUUUUCUUUCGUGCUUCAAGUUCUUAUGAUGAGACUGUAAAUGAAAGAAAGACAUGAUUCAGGGAGAAAAUAAAUCCAUUCUCUCUGGACUCUUGCCCAGCUAACAAGGCUUUGGAGAACUGUCUUCCAAAACAGGGACACCCACUGCAGCAGAUGCUGUUGUCCCCCUUCCGCCUAUGCAUGGCUAAGGAACCUCACUCCUCCCCGAAGGAGCUGCCAGCCUGCUCUGUGGAAGGAGUAUGCCCAGAAUGCAGUUUGGGGGCGGGGGUUUCUUCUGAACUCCAUUUUUAAGAUAGGCAAAGCUGAGGAAUCCUUUUAAGGUUAUUAGAAAACAUGCCCCCAAAGGAUGGUCCUUAGGUCACACAUCAAAUUCCACCCUCAGCAGACUCCAUACACCAGUGUUGCUGGCUCAAGACACCUGCUGGAGGACGCUAACAUUUACCCUGGUACUGCCACAUUUUCUCCAGAGCAGCUGGCCCUUCUUGCUUCUAUCUGUGAAAUGGGGAAACAAAGCAUUUUUGCUCUCAAUGUGCUUUUACUUCAUGUGGAAGAUACGUGUGACAUGUUCAAUGGUAGGUGCAGAAAGCUUGCAAACUAUAAAGAGAAUUGGAAUUUCCAUAUCAUAGUCUAAUGAGCCACAGCAAUUCUAAAUCACCAAAAUUUGCUAGUCUUUGUCCCCUAGACUAUGCUACUAUGCUAACUAGUUAAGGAUGUUGACAUUUUGAAAGAAUAUGUUCAAUAAAUUAUUUGAAUAAGCAAGAAGCUCAUUCUGUGCAAUAUGAAUAUCUUUAUAAACCACACCAAGGGCCAGGUUGUUGGAUACUUAUAGUACCUUGUAACCAUAAUAGAACAUCCACAAAUGCACCACUUAUACCAGGGAUGUAUAAUGAAGUCAGGGAACUAAUCUCAAUGCUGACAGUCACAAUGCACUGCUACUUGUGCUGUCCCUUUUUUGUUUGUUUUUCUAUGGUAAUUUAAAAUAUAGAGGAGGUAGGGCCACUUGAAGUAAAUUAGAGAACCACAUCCUGUGGUUUCUUGUUAUACCUACUUCCCAUAUUUAAAGGGAGUUUAUUUAAAAGAAAAAAAUGAAUGACAAUCAAACCAAAACAUCAAUGAUCAAUGUCUAUUUAAUUGUGUGAAUAGCUGACUAUUAGGGCCACAGACAAUGGUCUGGUAUGGAAUAGUUCAUUGUGUAGAAUUUGUGUACAAAGUGAAAUCCCAGCCAUUUGAAGGGAACAAUAGUGUAAAGCAAAUCUAUAUAUGUUGUAGAAUAAGUUUUAAAACCCAGACUCAUAAAAUAUAUGGCAAAUAAAAACAGACCUAUGCUGGUAAUUAAAAUUGAAAUUUGAUGACCCCUGGAAAGAAGAGGAAGUGAAAGGUUGCUGGCUAUAUGUGUUAAUCAGGGAAAGGGUUCUGGUUGCAUUUUUAAAAGACACUUAGAGAAUAUGUCACGAAUUCUACAUUUGAAGAAACAGAUUAUGAUUUCUUUUAGCAUUGCACAAAUACCUAUCAACUUUUGGACGUAAAAAUAACCCUUUGCUGACAUAUUAGUAUGUUUAAACCUUAAAAUAACUGAGAGGGAAAUAUUCCAUUACAGUUCUUAAAAAAGAAAAGUCACACUAUAGCUAAUGUAGUGUCCCUGGUAUUUGUAAUGAAGUGAAUCCACCAUUUAAUCAGGUCUAUAAUAUUUAUUGGAUUCACCACAGGUUUUCCUGGGCUUGAGUGCUCAGAAUAUGCUUGAACACUUCACAUCAGAUUUCCUUGACACUUUGAAGUGUGUCCUAGACAGUGUCUUUACUUGUGUAAAAUAGAGUUCAGAAUAGGUUAUCCUCUCCAUCUCCCUCAGUUGUCUUAGUCCUAUGAUGUCCUGAUAAAUCAGUUUGACUGGGCUGCAUUCCAAUGUCCUUAGUCUAAUACGGACACAGCCUUAGGCAACUGCCUACCUGAGCCAAAGGAAGCAGAGAUCUAAAACAAUUUUCUGAAUAAUUUAGGUAGAGAACCCUGAGUACAAGAAAGAGUUUAUUCCCCUGCUUUAACUAUCCAAAUUGCUUAUCAAAAUGGCUGAAUAAUCUGAAUUCACAUUAAAAUCUCUUUUGCACAAUUACCUAUUAAAAAAUUUAACUAUGGACUCCAACUAAGGAAUUCUUUAGAAAUAAUAUUGAAUCUAUGUGUAAUAAAAGAAACAACAGUAUUACCAGAUUUCAUCUUCUUACAAAAAUUAUAAGUUGACAUUACAACCUGAAAUUGUGGCUGGUUCUUUGUGAUCUGAGAUUGAUGCUUAUUAGAAUAAAUGACCUGUAAGGGAAGGAUAAAAAAGAAAAAAAGGGAGGAAAUGCCAGAAAAGAAUAAUCAAAUGGUUUCUUAUACAAAAGAAAAAAAUUUUAAUGUAGAAAGUUAUCUGAAAUAAACUAGGGGAAAUGAAAUUAACUAAAGGAUUUAAUCUGGGAUUACAAAUCUGAAACCGUUUUCUGCUUCUACAAAUGUGUCACAUCAAUCUGCUAAUGCCCCAGUAUUAUUCAUAGAUAGGACUUUGUUUUCCAUGGUUUUAAAAUGCCACAUCUAUUCUGCCAUGGACUAGAAUAAUUGGCACAUUCUAAUGCAUAAACCGAGGGCUCCGUUUUCCCAGGCUCUCUCCGCCAUCACUGCUUUCCUAGUGAGGAGCUUCUUGCCUCGCCCAGUAUGGCACUGAGAUUACAGUGUUGCCCAUCACAUUUAGAUUCCUGGAAUCUAAAUGGCCAAUUAAAUAGCCAGCUGAUGGCUGAAAGGCUUGGAGGAGUUUCUACUUUUUAUUUUAAUUAUACUUUUAACCAAAGAAUUGUUUUAAAGUUAUCUUAUAUUUGAAAGAUGAUUUUGCAAAAAAAAAAAAAAAUAAACAAAAUAAAAAAUAUACCUUCUGGAGUGAUAUCAGUUUGGUAAGUCAUCAUUGAUCAUUUUCUUGUCCGUAGUGUUCCAGACACAUAUAGAUUGUCUUCCCGUUGUGCAUAGCAUUACCAUAAAUGUAUCUUUUCCACUUAACUAGCUGUAUUCGUAUUAAAAUGAAGUUUCUUAUUUCAAUUACCUAGUGUCACUGGGAACUAAUUGAACAGCUACAGGAAGAGAAGUUCCUAUCUCUGUUGCUUUUGUAGAAAGGGUUCCCUGUGUGGUCAAAGGAAAGCGUUCCUCCGUAACCUAGGCACUUGGCAAUGCCAGUGUUUAAUUUAAAAGUAGUGGUGAAUUGCUCUUUUGAAUUUACUCUGAGUAAUGCAUGUGUUGGAAUACAGAUGAACCUCCGUUUAAUUUUCACAGAAAUCAGCACAGUCAACUGUACUGAGUCUUCAUGAAGUUAGAUAAUGAGGCUGGAAUGAUUUGCAUUUAAAUUGUAAUCCAGCACAUGUGUGAGAAAGAAGAGGCGCUUGGCUGACAAGGCUGCUUUAGAGGGAGGGGAGACAGGCGUAGGAGGGCAGGAAAAAGAGCGAUUGAACGUCUAUUUAGGUUAAUGUUCAUGUUACAAAGGUGAUGGGGGAUAUUUUGGUAGGUGACGGCAGAUGCUUUCCAUUUUUAAAUGUAGGAUUAAAAUUGAAUUUGCUUCUCUUUAAUACUUCCACAUAUUGAACUUUCCUUGGAAAGUGACUAGUUAUACUGAAAAUUCAAGGAAAGGGGGAAAAAGAUUUCCUCUAAAUGCAAAGAGAAUAACUUGAUUUUAAAUACAUGUAAUAUUAGGUUUGAUGUAUGUAGGCUUAAAAUUAUAGUGAUGAGUAGUCAAACUUAAUAUGCAAUCAUUCCUUACAAAUAUUUUAUUCGGUACCACUUAGCUGCCAUUACUCACACAAAAAUCAGAAUUUUGCAGCUGUUCAACUAUUCAUGGACUUUGUACAGGAUACAUAUGUGUAAUGAAAAAUGUGUACUGGUUCUUUCUUUUAUUGCCACUCAAGAUGGGAAUAAGAUCCCAAAGCCUUUUGGUUAAUGCAUAGACCAUCCUAAACCUGCUAUUUUGGGGGAGGCAAUUGAGUUCUUUCUCAUUUAUUAAAAACUAUUGUAUCAUUUUUUUUUCUAUGUGAUUCAAGUGUAUUUAUUUUUUAAAAAAAGUUUGUAAUUAUAAAAAAGAAAACCUCAUUUAACUGUAUUGCCAAAUUUCUUGUUCACUACCCAAGCACACAUGCUUUCCUGGCUGAGAGCUGUCCCCUCUUGAUACAGCUAUGGCACUGUUGUAAUUAGUUCUUUCCAUUCCAGGAGCAUCUCCAUUGAAAUGGUUCAUAGAUGAUUUAAUAAAGAGAAACUGUGUCCUCAGUCAA